CAGGGGCAGUGUAAGCCACAGACACCUGCUAGCCGGGUAAACCUUUCGUCAUGGAAAGAAGGCUCCUGAAGAAGGAGAUGAAAAAGCUCCUGGGAGAUUAUGUUGGCAUCAGACUUCGGGAAAAUGAAUUUGACCCAAAAGGAAGAAGGCAGCCCACCUUGCUAGAUGACAUGGCUCACUAUGACCUGGCCGUCAGUGCUACGCUGCAAUGGCUGGAUCACUCAGAAGACCUAACUUGGUUGGAGCGGGAGGAAGUGAAAAUGCCAUUUCGUGGCAGACCCAUAUAUACAAACCGCAGGGAACGAGAAGCAAUGAUUUUAUCGUCUUACGCUGGACUCUUAAUGAACAGAAUCCCAAUUGAGGAAGUCUUUACAAUUUAUAGGGCUGGUUCUUCUGCCAAUUCUGGUGCCACCAAGGGUCCGGGAGCGCCGCCGGUGCCCCGCUCCUUGCACCCCUUCGCCAUGCUGACGGCGCCCCAGGCCGCGGAACACGCCCGCAAGCAGGAUAGACAGAUGCGGCCACUACCUGUGCCUGCAGGGGUCAAGCCGAGAAGGGGAGCAGCGAGUUCAAACGCCGCCGCCAGCAGCUCUGCCAGGGAAGCAGGCGUCGCGGCGCGGAAACCGUCGAAGAACGCAUCUGUGGACACACGGCCAAAGAACAAACAUUUGAGAAAUACUCUCCGCCAGUUAAUCAGCUCUGGAUUCGACAAUAGGAAAAACAUGAAGUGAAAUGUAAGAGCUUUCCUCUUCACCACACUCCUUCCUGCUGCUCAGAAACAACCACCGGCACCGCUUCGUGUGAUGCUCAAAUACUCGCUACACAUGUCACUUAGAAACUUGUAAUUGCACUGUGGGAGUUCGUAACAGAAUCUCUGGGAGAGGAACAGACACAUCACCUUAAAGCUGCGACUCUCGCCGGCACCUUCUCCUUACGGUCAUCUUUCGAUGCAAAGUGCAUGGAAGUGCUAUUCUGGGUAUCAAGCUUUCUUCUCUCAGAAUCACAUCAUAUGGCUAUAUUGUGGGGGGGGGGGGGGGGAGUGUGUAUUUUAUGCUGCUUCAUUUGUGAUUGGAAGACUGUGGUUAGAGAGUUCCCAGGAUAUAUAGUAUUUCCAUGUCGGAGCAGGCUGGUCUUGUAGCACAUUUUACAAAUACUUAGCACUGGAUACUGCAGAGUGGUGAGGUAGGAGGCAGUUUUCCAAAGUUCCAGUCCAAAAUAAAAUUCAUCUGUCAUUGAUUGCCUUUACUGUGUUCUCAUAUGGAAACAUUUAAAAUCGUUUCAAUAAAGCAUUAAAAGAAAAA